CCUCUCUAAUUGGGUAUGGCUAGAAACUCCCCCAAGUUCUAUCCAAAGUUUAAACGCCCCCAGGGAACUUGCCUGUGCUGGGCGGAGGCUGAGUUAAGGUCAGGAGGGAACCAGUUGCUCAGAAGCAUGUCGGGGAAGCCCAGGCUUACCUACUGUAAUGGAAGGGGGCGAAUGGAGCCUGUACGAUGGCUGCUGGCUGCAGCUGGUGUGGAGUUUGAAGAAAUUUUUUUGGAGACAAGAGAGCAGUAUGAAAAGUUAAUCAAAGAUGGAGACCUGAUGUUCCAGCAAGUGCCCCUGGUUGAGAUUGAUGGGAUGAAGAUGGUGCAGACCAGAGCCAUCCUCAGCUACAUCGCAGGGAAAUACAAUCUCUAUGGGAAAGACUUGAAGGAGAGAGCCCUGAUUGACAUGUAUGUGGAAGGAAUAACAGAUCUGAUGCAAAUUAUUUUGAUGUUUCCUUUCUCUCCACCUGAGGCAAAGGAGAAAAAUCUUGACUCGAUUAAGGAGAGGGCAACUAACAGGUACUUCCCAGUCUUUGAAAAGGUUUUGAAACAGCAUGGCCAAGACUUUCUCGUGGGCAACAAAUUCAGCUGGGCAGACGUUCAGCUAAUUGAAGCCAUUUUAGCAGUGGAGGAGAAAGUACCUGCUGUGCUGUCGGGGUUUCCUCAGUUGCAGGCUUUUAAAAUAAGAAUGAGCAAUAUGCCUACAAUUAAGAAGUUCCUGCAGCCUGGCAGCCCAAGGAAACCCCCCCCAGAUGAACGUUACGUAGAAACUGUGUUGAAGAUUUUUAAGAAAUGAAUGCCUUGCUACCUCAGUGAGACACAAAGUACUGAAAAAAACCCGGAAACCAAACAACCAAAGCCCCAAACCAAAGGAAUUAGGAAGCUCAGUAAAUUAGUAUCGUUGUAGUUAAAACCAAUGGUUAAAAAAAAAAAAAAACACAAAAAAACCCCAAAACAAAUCCAAAACUGAAAUAAAGCAUUCUGAUUACUCUGGCAA